CAACAACAAUCAACAACAAUAAUAAUAAAGAUUUUACAUUCAAUAGUUUAUCUACUAUAUCUGCAACAACAACAACAACAAUACCGACAACAACAACAACAACAACAACAAAUGAUACAAUUGAACAAACAAUAGUCAUAUUGGAACCAGAUUUACGUAUACAUUAUCCGGGUUUAGCAAUAUUACUUGGAAUUAUUUGUAUAAUUGUUGUAUUUGGUAAUGGUUUAACAAUGUUAUCUAUUUGUAAAGAACGUUAUCUUCGUACGGUUACAAAUUAUUUUGUUGCAUCAUUAGCAUUUGCUGAUUGUUUAGUCGGAUCGAUUGUAAUGCCAUUUUCAGUUGUACAUGAAGUAAUGAAUAAAUG